AAAUAAUGUUCACAGGAACUAUUUCAGUAAUAUAUGGUCCAAUGGUAAUAAAUUAAAUUGAUGUAGUUUUCUGGUAAAACAAGUGAAUUGAUGAGAUUAGUUAAAAGAUUUACAAUAUCUGAAAGAAAAUGUGUAGUUCUUAAUUAUGCUAAUGAUAACAGAUACUCAGAUGAUCAGUGCAUUUCUAGUCAUGACAAGUAAUAAUCUAGUUCUAAAUUUAGAUAAUAUUUGAAAGCCAUAAAGGUGACCAAAUUAUUUGAUGCUUUUGAGAAAUGCAAAGACCACGACGUUGUGGCAAUAGAUGAAGGACAAUUCUUUAGUGAUGUAACUUAAGUUUUCAAUGUUCUAUUAGAUUGUUGAGUUUAGUGAAGCUAUGGCAAAUUUGGGGAAAAUAGUAAUAGUUGCUGCCCUUGAUGGUACCUUUGAUAGAAAGCCUUUUCGUAACAUCUUGAGUUUGAUUCCAUUGGCUGAACGCAUCACUAAGUUAACAGCUGUGUGUUGGUUUUGUAAGAAGGAGAAUGCUUCAUUCACCAAAAGAACAGUUUAAUCUUAAGAAAGUAUAAAAAUAUAAAUAUUAUUAAGUUGAAUUAAUCGGAGGAGAGGACUGCUAUAAGCCUGCUUGUAGGGCAUGUUUUAAUUUGACAGAGGAUAAAUUUGAGAAGUCUACUCUUCUUCCAAUCCCAGUUUAUUCAAACGAUGAAAGACUAUUUGGUUAACAAAAUUUGAUUUGCUGAGAC